AUGUUCUCCAUGUUCUCGAUACCCGGGAACGGAGCUGUCCGCAAGGGGCUCGCCGUCCAGCAGAGCUUCUUAGAGGACCUCUCCGCACCUGUGCCGAUCAACCGCAAGGCCAGGCCUUCUUUUGAAUCAGUAGCCUGGUCCGAGGCCUGGAAUGCUGACGCAACAAUGACGUAUGAUGACAUCGAACGGGAAGAAGACCUCGAAGCAGCGGAACGGGCGCUGGAAGACCAAGACAACUCGGAGCGCAGUGCGUCGGAGAUCGACUGGCCGCUCUGGGUGCGGAAUGCGCUGCACGAGCCCGACGCGCCGAAGGUGCGCGAGCCGAAUACGCCGGUGGUGCGCGAGCAUGAAGUCAGCGGGCAGCGUCAGCCGAUCGUACAGUCUGCGUACGAGCCCGAGAGGACUGUCAAGGAGGAACGCCCCUUGGAGCGUACUGCAGCCGUCGAGAAGGGGAGCACGGAGGAAGCGCACGAGACCGUGCCUGAAAAGGCACAGUCUCAGGUCCCGCUUCUGGCAAUCGCUGCGAGCGUCGGGACGUGUGUGGCCGCCAUUGCUGUGCGGUACCUGACAGCUGCGUCGCCGGCAAAGUGCCUUGAGCUCAAGAGGGAGGGCAAGGUGUGCAGGCGCGGAAUAUUCUCGUGA